CCUCCUCUCCUCUCUGAUGACAAGCUCUCAUUCCCCCUCUUCCAAACUCCUCUGGAAAAAAAAAAAACUCCCGACCUCCAGGAUUCUCCUUUAAGGCUUCGCCUCCCCUCUUUCUUUUUUCAGUUGAACCCAUUUAUUUUCCAUUUUCAUUUAAUGUAUUUUUUUUAUUUUGUCUAACCCCCAUUCGCAUCCCUAAACCCGCGCAGAGAUGUGAGAAGAUAACCAGGACCCCCCUGCAGCCAGCGGUGACUUCUUUCCUCCAUGCUUCAGAGAUCCGAAAAUCCUCAUCCUCCACCCCCAAUAUAUUCAAUCUUUUGGACGUUCAUCUGCCUUUCAACAAUGUGGGAGAACGUGCGCUGACAUUUCAGCGGCGAGGAUGCCAACCACACGCCUUGUUUUCUCCCUGCGCUGCUCUCAUCUUUGUCUUUCCAGCGGGAGAGUAAUGACAGCUUUGCGCGGAGGCAAAGUUUGAGGCUAUUUUUUUGGGUCUCCCACUCACCUGCCCUGCUUCUCGCGUGCACCUCACUCCGUUUGACCGAUAACGAGGACGAUUACAAGAACUGUUGACGAGCAAGUUAGAAGGGACCUGAUUAUUGUUCUGGUACAUUUUAAGUGGGAUUUCGCACAGCUAUUGAAGGUAUUUGAUGUGCGCAACGCUGAAGGAUAUGGCUUAAAAGAAUGGUUGCGUUACUGACAGCUGGAGGAAGGUCCGUCCCUUGAGUGUUUUUUUUUUUUUUUUUUAUCAGAUAUUGUCGACUUUGGAGGAAACCCAUCUAAAUGGGAGGAUACCUGCAGGACUGAGACGGAUUUGGCAGUCGAGAAAAUGUGGGUAAAACGGAGUGUUGCACGCAGUCCGUCUGCCACGAGGCCAGGCAGCUGUGUGGGGAACCGGGUGUGGAUUCUGCUGGCUAUGACUCACCUCACUCUGGACUUCUCUGUGUGCAGCCCACUCAGCCAGGGUCUAGGGAUUAAACUCACCCCUAAAUCAGUGCCUCGCUCACGACCUCGGUGGCAGCUUCUCUGGGACAUGCCCAACAAGCUUCACUGGAGAACAGUAAGUCCGUUGGCCCGCCGGCUCCUGAACCCUAUUCCUCCACCCCAAGACAAUAGGGCAGGGAUAGGACCGAAAGUAAAGGGUCAUUUGCAUUGGAAGCCAGCAUAUAAAGGACAACCAGCGUGUAAGGAGUGCCAGUUGAGAUACUCUCCAAAGGAGACAAGUGAUCCUUUGGCUGUAAAAGCCGAUGCUCCUGGAGCUUUAUCCAGCGGGAGUACAGGAGACACCGUGAGGUUGUUACUCAGAGCCAAGAGGCAGCUCAAAUGGGAAAACGACAAGUCUCAGGAGGGGCGGACUACCACAGUGGCCGGAUUUAUUGACUGGGGGCCCACAGGGACAGAUAGCAUAGAUGAUGAUAGCAAAUUGGAGCCUAACGGGACGCUGUCCACAAGGGUCUCAACUACCACAGUGGGCACAACCACUAGCACUACAACCAGGCUCUCCCAAAGGACGUUCACUGUGGUGACCACACCAGAGGCCAAGAGGUUAAGCACCACCAAGGCCACUGUCAGCUUCGGGGAGACUGUCAAACCACCAAAGCCAUAUGGGGACACACCAGGUUUGGCAGUUCACCAGAUAAUCACAAUCACUGUGUCUCUCAUUAUGGUUAUCGCAGCCUUGAUCACAACACUCGUCCUUAAAAACUGCUGUGCACAGUCAGGAAAUGGCCGCCACAAUAGCCAUCAGCGCAAGAUCCACCAGCAGGAAGAAAGUUGCCAAAACCUGACAGACUUCACCCCAGCCCGGGUUCCCAGCAAGGUGGACAUAUUCACUGCCUACAAUGAAAGCCUACAGUGCUCACAUGAGUGCGUUCGGACUGCAGUGCCGAUUUACACUGAUGAGAUGAUCCAGCAGACGCCUGUGUACAAAACCGCUUACAACGGAAACAGGCCUUCCCCCACUGAAAGACAACUGAUUCCUGUGGCCUUUGUGUCAGAGAAAUGGUUCGAGAUUUCAUGUUGACGAGCUGAAGGCCUUGUUCACUUCAUGUGGGUGGAAGAGACUUCCUCCAUACACACGCUGGAUCGAGUUGGAAACAAGAAACACACAAAACAGCGUCUUUUGUAAAAUAGCGUGAUCACUCUUUGGACACUGGUUAAGAUAUUUAUUUUUCUAGCGAUGACAAGCAGAGCAGCCACAUUGCUGCCACUCCAUAUUUCCAGGAACGUACAGUCAUUUAGUUAUAGAUUAUAUAUAGGUAUAUUUACAGGAUUUGGGGGAACAAGACUGUGGACUUUGAGUACGUCUCAAGAACAAACAAAAAAAACACUUGACACUUGUGAAAGGAAUCCACGGAGCUGCUGUGGGGGGAAGAUAUGAACUGUAUUUCUGAACAAUGUGCCAAUAAUGCCACUAUGUGCCACAACAUGGAUAGCAGGAAGAUUCAACAACAACAACUUAUGGACUUAAUGAGUGCUAUAUUAACCCUGUAUCAACUCCAACUACAUUUUUCUUUUGUUUUUUUGUUUUUUAAAGAAAUGUGAAAGAUUAAAAAAAUGUGACAAAUGUAUUUGAAUAUGUUUUGAAAUAGUUUUAAGAAAUGUGUUAUAAAAGAGUGUAAAAGAUAUUUAUAUGAAGCACUAUUCUAUUAGUCAGGGGGGAGGUGGAAAAAAAGACACGGUAUAUGCUUUAUUGAAGUGUUGAUUUUGAAAAGCCUGUUUCUAUUGGUCCCAUUUUAAAAGAAAAAACAGAAUAGUUAUGUCUAUUUUUUUACACGAGAGUCUGCCACAGACCUUACAGUAGAGGUCCAAAGCACUAAGGAUCCAGCACUAUUAAAGCUAGGGUAGGCAAUUUAUGUGAGAGGCAUUUUUUGUUAUAUCUGUAAAAUUCUCUUUACGUCCUAUAAGCAAUCAAUAAAAAUAAAACCCCAUAUCAUUUGGCUUGUAAUAAGCCAUAUUCAAUCAUUUCAUUUAGCUUGAUGGAAUGAUUAACCUGCCAGUCUACCUGCGUGUACUCUGCCUGUAGGCUCAUUCACCACAAGUCUUCUACAACUAAAGCUCAACAGCGAGUCACACUAGAAGGCAGAAAGAGACAGUAGGAGAUGGUUAAGCUUGGCGCACAGUGCACGACUGAGCAGCGUGUUCUGAAACCUCUUGCUUUUCAUUUCUGUGUGCAUGUUAACAGGUUAGAGCAGCCACACAGCUUGCAUAGGUGCUCUGCCCAGACGCAGCUCAUUGCUGCUGCACAGCACAAAGAGAGAAUAAACAGCCCAUUCUGUUUUACCAUGCAUGAUUCUCUCUGAACACAGUCUGUGUAAUUGAUUAGUAAAGUCUAUACAUGCAGAAUGAAUUAAAAAAUUAUUAAACACA